UGAAGCGAAUUGCUGGUUGUGUAGUGAAUAGUGAGAGUGGCAGAAGUCGUUGGGAAGUGCUCAAUCCUUGUUGCACCAACCUGAGAGGGCGGAACGCAUAAAUCGCAAGGAAAGUGUGAUAUCUCCAACUCUCCAUUCAUUGAACAAUAUCAGUCGUCACCAUCGUCGAUCACAUCUUCAUACUUGACGAUGACCAUGAGACGCAAAUGAUGUGUGGUUGAGGCACAUGGAUCUGUGCAACCAUCAGCACGUGUGACCCACGGCCCCGUGGAUAAUGAACAAGCAGGCAGCGGUGGGAUAGUCUUGGAGAGGGCGGACAGCGAAGGAGCGUCCCGCGUCUCCCCCGAUCGACUUUGACUCAGUCUACGCAUCAACCCAUGCAGCAACGCCCUGAGGCUGGGCCCGAGUGAUCCAGUAUGGGCUCUAAAUCGUGCCAGGAUGACUCCUCUCCGCUCACGGAGCCCAGAUCUAGUCCAAUUAAGGCCGCGGUUCCUCUUUCACCUGAUGCGGUGCAUGAAGUGACUGCUGGAGUACCUGGCGCCAAGGCUGGGGCGGCGCCGUCGGGCGAUCAAGACCAGUGCCAGGCUGACGAGGACAGAGCUUUAGAUUACUGUCAAGCUGACCAGGUCACCAAGAUGGAAAAAGAAGGAGCAGCCAAAAGCAAGAAGCCGACCGCCCCAGAUUUGGUCCAUGUCUAUGAGGGGCUUGAGGGACCGGGAUCCAGCAAUUCUGAUCGAGACGAGACCGGCAAUCGAUGCAGGAGUCGAGCCACACAAGAGCCUGGAACUCUCCUACUACCUCUUUUGUCGCAGGAUGUAGUGCCAACUGCCGAAGCUGAAGCUACCAAGCGCGACUUGGCAGAGCUGGGGGACGCUGUUAGCGACGAUUCGCUCACGGAUCUCGAGGAACUGAUAGGAUCUGGAACCGAUGGCGGGGAUGAAAGCGGUAUCGAGAGCGAGAAAACAUCCUCUAACGAAAGCUGGGACCUGGGCUGCGAAUGCUGCGGCGCGUUCAUCCGCAACGCAGAUCUUACAGAUGACGUAGCUCUGAUAUGCUGCAGCGUAUGCGAGACCUGGCAGCACAUCAGAUGCUGGGAUCGCCAUUUGAACAAGAACGGCCUCCCACCACGUGACUGGGAUGCAGAAGGAGAAGAUUUCUUCUGCACGCGCUGCAAGACACCGAAUCAUUCCAUUCCGCUUCCCGCAUAUGCCAUUGACAUCAAAGUCAAGGCGGAGCAACGUGGUAGCUUGCGUACGUCCGAGAAGAAGCAAGCUAAACGCCCAAAGGCGCGAGGACCGGACGCGGAAGAGCCAGUCUGGAAGAAGAUCAAGGUGUCAAGAAUGGAGAAUGGUAGAAUAGUGACCAAGCACCAGGAGCAAAAAUCAGAAGCAAAGCCACCAACGAAGGGCAAGGAUGAAGACGUUCAUCUUUCUCCUAGCACUAGCUCGAGCAGCCAGCAUAAGGGCAAGUCACAAAAGAUGUACCGGCUCAAGGGAGCAAAACAUCCCGUUUUGCUUGAUGAAAAUAGUAGCCAGGCGAAGACGAAGUUGGGGAGUGAGAAGGAUGGGACAGGCGGAGGUCAGAAGGCGAGGCGCACAAUCAAGUUGAUGAGGCGCCAACAUGCACAGAAGAGUAGUGAUGAUGAGCAGAAAGGUGAAAGGCCAUCAAUGCCCGCUCUGGAGCCGGCGAAGACGCCGACAAGCACGCAUCUAACCCCUGGCUCCCAGGCGUCAGGGUCGGCGGCGGCAGCGGCGGUCAAAUCCGUCAAAUCGUUCUUGUCUCCUCUUCAGAAACAACCAUCCGAUGCCAGGCCUGCUAUUACCGCAUCCAAGCUUGGUCCUGUGCCAUCGACAUCAAGGAAAGCCCCUGCACAGAAUAUAUCCGACGUGAAAGCUGCAGAGGCAGCGGGUGCUGCACGCAUCAAGGCGGCCACGAACGCCAAUAACGCCGCGCGCUUGCAGGCCGCCAAAGCAGGCAGUGCCGGCCCGCGUGCUUCCAGUGGAUCUUCUUCCGCCAGUAGGCUGCUCAGCAGUCUUCUUGGCGGGCCAUCGUCCAGCAAGCCAACCAGCGGCGCAUCCACGCCCAGCUCCAGCAGACAGCAAGAGAAGGAUAAGCCGAAAGCGGUUCAGGAUGCUGGGCAGAAGAAGCAACCUUUCCAGCACAGAGGGCACAAAGGGCACUACAAACAGUCCGACAGUAUAGGAGCGCAAGGUGCCAAGGGAGAAACUAUGACAGAGGAAGAGAUGGCAAGGCGUCGGGAGGCCUCGAUGCGCAAGUGGGAAAAUUACAAGGUGCUUAGUUACACGUGUGUCCGCCCAUGGGAACAAACGAAGACAGCCUUCUUACAGCUCUCCAUGCGUCGAACAGGGAUUUGAUCUGCUGCGUCAUUCAGAUUCUAUGAAACAAGCAGAAAGGGACUUGCAAGCAGCCAUGAAAUUGGAUCCGCGGAUGCAGA